AUGUCGCAGGUGCUGCCCUACGGCGAGGACAAGGUGGGUCGCUACGGCGCCGAGCCCGAGGCGGGGGAGCUGCCCUUCAGCUGUCGCCUGCAGGAUACCAACGCCUUCUUCGGGGGCAACCAGAGCAAGCGGCCCCCCAAGCUGGGACAGAUCGGCCGCGCCAAGAGAGUGGUGAUCGAGGAUGACCGGAUAGACGAGGUGCUCAAGGGCAUGACGGAGAAGUCGCCGCCGGGGGUGUAA